CGCUAUGCCUCUGCUCUGUACUCGGCUGCCAGCAAGUCCAAGUCACUGGACAAGGUGGAAAAGGACCUGAUUGAGGUGCAGGACCUCCUGAAGACCGACACUAUGUUCCGCAACUUUGUGCUGAACCCCACCCUGCAGAAGGAAGCCAAGCGACAGGCCAUGGAGAUGGUGGCUACUAAGAAGAAGACAGCAGACUCAACCAAGAACUUGUUGCUGCUGAUGGCCGAGAAUGGCCGUCUGAACAAGCUGGACAGUGUGGCCACCUCCUUCCGCACGCUGAUGGCGGCGCACCGUGGUGAGGUGGUGUGCGAGGUUACGACAGCCAAGCCGCUAGACGCCGCCGGCCAAAAGGAAGUGGAGGCCACGCUCAAGGCGUUCCUCAAGAAGGGCGAGGUGCUGAAGUACUCCACCAAGGUGGACCCUGCCAUCGUGGGUGGCAUGGUGGUCACCGUCGGCGACAAGUAUGUGGACAUGUCGAUCGCCUCGAGGAUCAAGAAGUACACGGAGGCCAUCUCGACGGCCGUUUGAGCGGCUGCCGGCGGCGAGCUAGACGUUCGGGGUGUAUGUGCUGGUUAUGUGGAAGUGAUAUGGCCACUUGGUUUGGUGUGUGCCACAGUUCUAAUACAGCUGUGAAAACGGA